GGAACAGCUGAUUACUCAUAAGUCAUAACCUAUAAAUAAAAAUCUUUAGUAAGUAGAAAUAUCGCAGGUGCAAAUCGUUAUGCACCUAUAAUACUUAUUUCACAAUGUUUUGUAGACCAGCCUUCAUUAGCCUUUCACCUGUCUUGUUUGCAGGUCUAAGAACCAUAAUGACAUCCUCGGAGACGAAUUGGAAGGAGGCGAAGUCGAUUUACGACUUUACGGCGAAGACGAUCGACGGCGAGGAGGUCAGCUUGGAUAAGUAUCGCGGGCACGUCGCCAUAAUCGUCAACGUCGCCUCUCAAUGCGGCUACACCAAAAAUCACUACGAAGAGCUCGGCGAGCUCUACGAGCAGUACGGCGAUAGUAAGGGUCUAAGGAUUUUGAGCUUUCCGUGCAACCAGUUCGGUGGACAGGAGCCCGGCGAUUCGGCGACGAUCUGUAGCUUCGUGCGUAAGCACAACGUCAAGUUCGAUAUAUACGAAAAGAUCAACGUGAAUGGAAACGACGCCCAUCCUCUCUGGAAGUAUUUGAAGCACCACCAAGGAGGCACGUUUGGGGACUUCAUCAAGUGGAAUUUUACCAAGUUUGUGAUCGAUAAAAAUGGACAACCGGUAGCCAGGUUUGGUCCAGAUACUAGUCCCAAAGAGUUGGUGGCGACACUCGAGAAGUAUUUUUGAAAAUGAGGACCAGUUUUUUUGUGCUAUAGCAAUGAGUUGACGUCCUUUAGGAUAUCUAUUUGUAUUUCCAGUAAAUUUGUUAUACUUUUCUUUGGUUUUGUAUGUAAAAUGUUUAAUAAAAAAUUAAGUAAAUAA